AUGAAGCUUUUAACUAUCCUCCCCAUAAUAUCUUUCCUCACAACAUUCUGCUCAGCUGCUAAAUUUGCUUCAUGCUCAGGUGUCUAUGGCCCAAGAUAUUCAAACAAGAUCAAUCCAUUCAUCAAUGUAACUUUCCAAUUUGAACCAACUCAUAAAGAUAUCAACUAUACAACGUUAAUCUUCCAUUAUACAGAUAUUAAAAACUCAAAUAUCCCACAAUUCAUGGAUUUUGAAAACCCAGAUGAUAAUUCAUUGAAAAUUUGUGAUGAAGAAGCUAUACAAAAUAGAGAAUGUAGAGAAUUGGGGAAAUUUAUUGUUAAUUAUAGGGAAUCAAAUUCAAGAAUUUAUAAUGAAGUGUUAAAUUUCAAUGAAAGAUCAUUUUUAGAAUACCCAGUUAUGGAAACUGGGCUUUAUUGUGUUUAUAUCCAAACUUUACAAGAUGUGAGCGGAGGAGAUUAUUCAUUAGAUGUUCAAUUUCAACAACCUUAUGGAUAUUUAUCAUUCAAUGAUGUCUUGAAAUUCAACACUUUGGCUAGUAUUCAAUUACCAAUUGUUACGUUAUUGUUAUUAAUCAUCUCGGGAAGAUUUAUCUAUGCGAAGUUUUUCAAAGAUUCUGAAAUUUCAUUAAUUCAAAGAGCAAUUUUCCAUUAUACUUAUUUAAUAUAUUUGAAAACAUUUGUCAAAUUCCUAAGAUUAUGGUGGUUGAAUUCAGUUGAUGCUCAAGUUUCCAAAACCGCUGCCGUGUUCAGCUUGUUACUGAUUGUACUUGUUGAUGCCUUUGAUUCAAUAACUUGGGGGUUGAUCCUCAUUAUAAGUCAAGGUUUUGGUACAUUAUAUGAUAAAUCUACUUUCCCUAAAGCAUUUUCCAAAAAGAUUAUCUUAUUCAUGGCUAUUAAUUUCUUUAUGAGAGUUGUUGCAGUUUCAAAUCUCGGUUCAAAUAUAUCUGUUUUAAAUGAAGCUGGUUCAAUUAAUCCAAGUGAAACUAUAAUUGGACUUUUGAAAAUUUUUGGAUUCUGUUGGGUGGUUAAAUCUUUUUAUAAAACUGCAAAGGAAAUUUCAAUGUAUUUUGACUUGACAACUUCAAAAUUAUUUAAAAAAAGUGGUUAUAUCAUUUGCUUUGUUCCAAUAUUGAUGAACUUAUUAACAAUAAUAUUGGCAAUUGUUCAUACAUUGAGAAAAUAUGCAGAUACUACAAUAGAUCCAAUCGAAUUUCAAGAAUCGAGUUGGGCAGAUUCAGUUUUCACAAAGAUUUUAAUAUUGCCAAAUUUAUCAAAUUUUGUUUCAAUUAUUUUAUUAUUAUACAUUUGGGAUAAUGUCGAUUCUCAAAAAGUUGAUGAAGAGAACGUUGCCGAAUUCGGUGCUCCUUCUGUUGGUCAAGUUGUAUUGAACAAGAAUAAUGAUGAUGAAUAA